AUGCCUAAUACCGAUGCUGAUGCAAAUACAUCUUCCGAAGUUACCAAAGAACUAGUGCCGCAAGCACAACACGUUCCUCAAGUACCUGAAGAAUUCAAGGGUCAAAGUCCUGCUCCUGCACCGCCACAGGAGCCUGACAUGAAUAAUUUACCAAAGAAUCCUUUGCCGAAACAUCAGCAAAAGCAUGCUGUGAUGACUAUUAAAGCUGUCAAAAGGUUAAAAGACUCGAAACCUUUCAUACUACCUGUUGAUCCAGCAGCAUUAAAUAUACCUUACUAUUUUAACAAAAUCACAAGACCUAUGGAUUUAUCAACUAUAGAAAGAAAGUUAAACGCAAACGCUUACGAAACUCCAGAACAAAUAUCUAGUGAUUUCAAUCUAAUGGUGGAUAACUGUAUUGUCUUUAAUGGUCCAACUUCAAUGAUCGCACAGAUGGCAAGAAAUAUUCAAGCUGCAUUCGAAAAACAUAUGCUAAAUAUGCCAGCGAAAGACGAGGAACCUCCAAAACAACAAAGAAGAAAGAAAACUGAUGAAGAUACCCCUGUCGUGAUAAGGCGAGCACAAACCCAUAACGGUAGACCAAAAAGAGAGAUUCAUCCACCAAAGUCAAAAGAUAUUUAUCCUGUAGAAAAUAAAAAGCCAAAGUCUAAAAAAUUACAGCAGGCAAUGAAAUUUUGUCAAACUGUAGUUAAAGAACUGGCAAAUAAAAAAUAUGCAUCUUUUAAUUACCCAUUUUUGGAACCUGUCGACCCUGUGGCAUUAAAUUUACCUACCUAUUUCGAAAUCAUUAAAAACCCAAUUGAUUUAGGCACUAUCUCAAAGAAGCUAAAUAAUUGGGAGUAUAAAUCAAUGGAAGAAUUUGAAACUGAUAUUAAAUUAAUGUUCGAUAACUGUUUUAAAUUUAAUCCAGAAGGUACAAUAGUCAAUAUGAUGGGUCAUAGGUUAGAAGAAGUUUAUAAUUCCAAAUGGGCUGACAGACCAAAUUUUAAUGAUUACGACUCUGAUGAAGAAAAUAAUAAAAAUGAGAAUGGUUAUGGUGAUGAAUAUUAUUCUGAUAAUUACGAUUCGCAAGAAUCAGAUUCUGAAAUUGAUGAAACUUCGAUCACAAACCCUGCUAUCCAAUAUUUGGAAGAACAAUUAGCAAGAAUGAAAGUAGAAUUACAACAAUUGAAAAAACAAGAAUUGGAAAAAAUCAGAAAAGAAAGAAGAUUAGCUCGUGGUGCCAGAAAGCACCGCAGCAAAAGAUCACAGGGUAAAAGAGUAAAUUCAACAUCUGAUUCAAAAGGUAGGAGAAGUAAAAAGAAUAAAUUAAAAACUGUAGUAACUUAUGAAAUGAAGAAGAUAAUUACAGAAAAGAUUAAUGAUUUACCAACUGCAAAGUUAGAAAAGGCAAUUAAUAUCAUAAAGAAAUCUAUGCCAAACCUUGGAGAAGAUGAUGAAGUUGAAUUGGAUUUAGAUACCCUGAAUAACAACACCAUUUUGACUUUGUAUAACACCUUCUUCAGAGGGUAUGAUGCUUCUGCAAAUGGUUCAAAUCUAAGUGCAAAUUCUGUAAGUAAUAAUGCUAGAUCGCCUAUUUCACCAUCAAAUGCUUUAGCAGGCGGUCAUGGUAAAAAAAGAAGAUCUAAGGCAUUAUCUGAAGAAGAGCAAAGUAAGCAAAUCGAAAAAAUUAGAAGUAAGUUAGCCAUUUUAGAUGGCGCUUCUCCAUUAAGUCAAAAUGGUUCCCCAUUAAAUCCACAUAAUCAUAAUAUUUCAUCAUCAGCUUCAUCAUCAUCAGACGAUGAUGGCGAUGCAAGUAGUGAAAGUGAGGAAGAAUAG